AUGGUCAAACUCCUGAACCCUGCUUCGGUCGUCAUUAAAGGCGAGCGGAAUUCCACAUACUUCCUCAUGUUCAAGGAGAGCUAUUGGGAAUGGAGAAUAGGAUUAAGCAGAUUAUUCUGUCUACUCCUACUAUGCGCGCUGUUGACAGAAACAUACUCAGAAUCAUCAACUAACACUGUUAGGCGAAGAUUGAGAAGGCCAAGUGGAGCAAGCAGAGUACGAGAUCAAGAAACCAGUGCAAGUGUGAAUAGAUUUAAAGUUCGAAAUCGCAUUUCACAGAAUUCAACUCCAGUAAUUUCCAGAAAGUCCAGUAAUGAAGGAUCAUCCACUUCUUCAAAAGACUCUAAAGAUGGAUACAAGGUGGUUUGCUAUUAUACAAACUGGUCCCAGUACCGUCCUAAAAUUGGUAAAUUCCUUCCAGAGGAUAUUGACCCAGACCUUUGUACUCACAUCAUUUUUGCCUUUGGGUGGUUGAAGAAAGGAAAACUUUCAUCAUUUGAGUCCAACGACGAGACUAAGGAUGGAAAAAUUGGUUUAUAUGAAAGAAUAAGAAAUCUUAAAAAAGCCAACCCUAAAUUAAAAACACUUUUGGCCAUCGGUGGCUGGUCCUUUGGUACCCAAAAAUUUAAGGAUAUGUCUGCUACAAGAUACUCAAGGCAAACCUUUAUCUAUAGUGCGAUUCCAUUUCUCAGAGGAAGGAGUUUUGAUGGUCUUGAUAUUGAUUGGGAAUAUCCUAAAGGAGGAGAUGAUAAGAAAAACUUUGUCCUUCUCUUAAAAGAAUUGAGGGAAGCUUUUGAAGCUGAAGCUCAAGAAGUGAAAAAACCUCGACUCUUACUCUCCGCUGCUGUUCCUGUUGGUCCUGACAAUGUGCGUGGAGGUUAUGAUGUACCAGCAGUAGCAGGAUACUUAGAUUUCAUAAAUCUUAUGGCCUACGACUUUCAUGGUAAAUGGGAAAGGGAAACAGGACAUAAUGCUCCUUUAUAUUCGCCAUCAUCUGACUCAGAAUGGAGAAAACAGCUGUCAGUUUCUGCAGCUGCAGAGCUCUGGACUCGACUUGGAGCACCUAAAGAAAAGCUAAUUAUAGGUAUGCCUACCUAUGGUAGAUCCUUUACAAUCUCUACCCCAAAGAAUACAGUUAACUCACCAGCUUCAGGUGGAGGUAAAGCUGGAGAAUAUACAAAGGAAGCUGGGUUUUUGGCAUAUUAUGAGAUUUGUGAAAUGCUGAGAAAUGGUGCUGCUUAUAUUUGGGAUGAUGAAAUGAAAGUACCUUAUUGCCUACAAGGAGACCAAUGGAUAGGUUUUGAUGAUGAAAAAUCUAUACGUUACAAAAUGAAAUGGCUUAAAGAAAGUGGAUACGGUGGAGCUAUGGUUUGGACCAUUGAUAUGGAUGAUUUUACAGGAACUGUUUGUGGAAAUAAUGUAAAAUAUCCAUUAAUAGGAGCUAUUAGAGAAGAACUGAGAGGUAUAAAAAGAGGUCCAAACGCUCAAGAUGUAGAUUGGGAAAAAGUUGCUCCAUCAAAAAUUGUACAAGCUGUCAAACCACAAGCAAUAAAAAUACCAGUAACAGAACUUCUCUCAAAACUGAACAAAGCAAAACCUACAGUCUCAAAUUCAAUUGUUCCAAUUCAAGAUACAAACACUAGAGAAGCACAAGUGUUCUGUUAUCUUACAUCAUGGUCAGCAAAAAGACCAGGUGCCGGUAGAUUUUCUCCCUCAGACCUUCAGCCUAAUCUCUGUACGCAUGUUAUAUAUGCAUUUGCUACUCUCACUGAUCACAAAUUAGCAGCAGCUACAGGAACUGAAGACCAAUACCAUAAAGUUGUUUCUCUAAGGGAUAACAACCCUAAUCUGAAAAUACUUCUUGCAAUAGGAGGAUGGGCCUUUGGUUCAACACCUUUCAAAGAAUUGACUAGUAAUGUAUACCGAAUGAAUCAGUUUGUUUAUGAAGCUAUCGAGUUCCUCAGAGAAUACAAAUUCAAUGGUUUAGAUGUUGAUUGGGAAUACCCAAGGGGAGUUGAUGAUCGCGCAUCAUAUGUUAGUUUAUUGAGAGAGUUAAGGACAGCUUUUGAAGGAGAAGCAAAAACAUCUGGACAACCAAGACUUCUUCUAACUGCUGCUGUUCCUGCCAGUUUUGAAGCUAUCGCUGCUGGCUAUGAUGUACCAGAAAUAGCAAAAUAUCUUGAUUUCAUAAAUGUCAUGACUUAUGAUUUCCAUGGACAAUGGGAAAGACAAGUUGGACACAAUUCACCUCUUUACCCGCUUGAGAGUGCUACAAGUUAUCAAAAGAAAUUGACAGUGGUUUGUGACUUUUUGCAUGAAGAUAACACCACUCUAGUUUGGGACAAUGAACAACAAGUUCCUUUUGCUUAUCGAGGAAACCAAUGGGUUGGUUUUGAUGAUGAAAGAAGCCUUAAAACAAAGAUGGGUUGGUUAAAAGAAGAAGGUUUUGGAGGCAUUAUGAUUUGGUCUAUUGACAUGGAUGACUUCAGGGGUGUUUGUGGUAAUGGUAAAUUUCCUCUUGUCAAUGCAAUGAAGGCUGAACUUGAAGAAUAUGCAAUUAAAUUAGAAUACCAAGGACCAUAUGAAGGGCCUUCAAGUAGUGGUGCUUACACUACCAAAGACCCUAAUGCUGUGACAUGUGAAGAAGAGGAUGGACAUAUCUCAUAUCAUCCCGACAAAGCCGACUGUACAAUGUACUACAUGUGUGAAGGAGAAAGAAAACAUCACAUGCCUUGUCCUUCAAAUUUAGUAUUUAAUCCAAAUGAAAAUGUAUGUGACUGGCCAGAAAAUGUUGAAGGAUGUACACAACACACACAAGCACCUCCUCCUUCUCGCUGAUCAGAAGUUGUUCAAUCAUUAACUAAAGACCUUCCUUGGACAGAGGCACUGUUAAUAUUAUGUACCUAAAAUGGACAGUCUUACAAACAUGUAUGAAGUUGAAAGAGGAGGUACCAAAGUUAUGUGAAUAUUAUAAUGAAGUAGAUAUUGUGAUUUAAAUAUUGUAACACUACUUUCGAAGGUGUUUCUAUUCGAACUUUUUUGAGAUGACAGGUUUUAAAAUUCAUGUUUCAGAUGUGAAAAGUGUAUAUUUUUAAUUUUAAGUAGUUAAAAAAAAUCUUUGUAUCAAAUUUGUAAAUAUAUUUUUGAAAAAAUAUUUACAGAGGCAAAAAAAUAAUACCUGUUAUGGUAACAAUUAUAUUAUUAAAUAGUUAAUUUGUUUAAACUGCCAUGAUGUAAUUAAACUGUAAUUAUUUUUUUUUUUUUACAAAUCAAUUUAUAUUCAGCAAUACAAGAGUGAUUAUAUUUAUUUUAUUAAUCGUAAGAAUCUAGCUGUUAAGUGUGUUAUUAAAUAAUGAAAAGAACAGCCACUUCCAGCAACAGCACGAAUAAAUUUAAACAGCAUUUAAAGCAAGAAAACUCUGUAAGAAAAAUAUUAACAGGAUCAUAAAUUGAUGAGUGGUAAAAUUUUAAACCAUAAUGGUUCAUAACUAAAUUUGUACCAAUGCCAGUAAUGUAAAUAUUUAUAAAAAAUAAAUUAAUAUUCUAAAUUGUUUUAU